UGGCUCGUCUUUAGUUAUGUGAAUAGAAGUUAAACAGAUCGGUUAUCGGAGCUUCUUAUAGUUGAAAAAAGGCACCUUUAAAAUAUUUACCAUUCAUCUGUCGAAACAAAAGUCUUUCAUCGAUUCUCAUUAGAAGACGAAAGUGAUAUUGUUGUUAGAAAAUGAAAGUGAUAAUUGCUGUUUUGUUGGUGGUUUUACCACAAAUUCUCUGUGAAAAUAUUAUCAAAUUGGACCUCUCACCGGAAGAAGCGCAAAAGUAUAUUGAUGGUGCCAACUCGGUGCUGAAAUUUGCACCGAAACUCAAUGCUGGUCCCAUUCCGGAUGGCGAAGAAACCUAUUAUCGCGGUCGAAUUAUUGACAAUCCAUCAAAUUUCAUUAAAGAAACAUAUCUGGCCAACCAGUUCCACGGUCAGAAUGGCUUGGGACAAGCUAAAUUUGGUUACUCGGACUGGAAUCAAGCUCGACAAGAACACAUCGACGUGAAUGGAAAAACCGAAGGAUCCUAUAACUAUGUUUUACCUAAUGGACAUAAUUACGAAGUAAAAUACUGGGCUGAUAGUGAAGGAUUCCAUCAAACCGAUAAUCGACCGGAACCAGUCCUAGUUCCCGUAACUGAUACACCGGCUGUAAAGGCAGCGAAAGAAGCUCAUGCUAAAGCUUGGGAAGAAGCAGCCGCUGCAGCCAGGGCAUCAGGCUAUGAUGCAGAAGCAUCCGAAGACCAAUAUAAUUAUAAGAAUUACGAGAAUGAUGGCCCAACAGGACCGCCACGUGGAUUCUUCUACAAUAUUGAUUAUCCAGUGCAUUUAAUUGUUGAUAAAUCCGAAAGCAAUUCGCCUUAAUUAUGUACUUAAAGGAAAAAUGAUGAAUAAUCGUUUAAUAAAAAUAAUCUAACUCGGUUUA